GCUUUUUGAGGAAGUCUAUCGCAACUUGAAAAUGAAUACUGCAACUUUUUCCUGUUUAUAAUACACAAUUCACGGAUCUGUGGCGAAAAUGAAGCGCUCAAGUUAGAGAGUACGAGGGGCUGAUUCGCCCGAGAUGGCAAACUUGUCUAGAAGCGGAGAAAUCAUCCACCUGAACGUGGGAGGAAAAAGAUUCAGUACAUCAAGGCAAACAUUAACUUGGGUUCCAGAUUCAUUCUUUUCAAGUCUUCUGAGUGGCAGAAUCUCAUCUUUGAAAGAUGAAACAGGGGCUAUAUUCAUUGACAGAGAUCCCACUCUUUUUGCUCCCAUUUUGAAUUUCCUUCGAACCAAAGAGCUGCACCCUGGAUCUGUUAAUGUCCGACUUUUGAUGCAUGAGGCUGAAUUCUAUGGAAUAAUACCAUUAGUUCGCAAGCUUCAGCUGUGUGAUGAGUUGGAAAAGUCGUCAUGUGGGAACGUGCUCUUCAAUGGCUACCUGCCUCCUCCUGGAUACCCAGCCAAGAGGAUAAAUCGACAUAGUGUGGCAGGUCCUCAGUAUGUUAAUGGACGCAACACCUUGACAGAGAGGGUGCCAGUACGUAGGAGUAACACUAUGCCUCCAAAUCUGGGAAAUACAGGCCUCUUAGGAAAGUUGCUGGAAGAGAGACCAAGUGGACAUGCAACUGACCCUGGCAUGGUCAGGAUAGUAUGUGGUCACCAUAACUGGAUUGCUGUGGUGUAUGCCCAGUUCGUCGUGUGCUACAGGAUGAAGGAAUCUUCAGGGUGGCAGCAGGUGUUCACCAGCCCACGCCUUGACUGGGUUAUUGAAAGGGUAGCACUAAAUGCCAAAGUAAUGGGAGGUUCGCUGGGAGACAAUGACAAAAUGGUGGCUGUAGCUUCAUGUACAGAGAUCAUCCUGUGGUCUGUCCAGCCAGAUGGCAAUGGCAAUGAAAUUGGAGUUUUCAGUCUAAAUGUCCCCGUGGAAGCUUUGUUCUUUGUGGGAAAUCAGUUGAUUGCUACCAGCCAUACUGGGAAGGUUGGAGUCUGGAAUGCUGUCACAAAACACUGGCAGAAUCAAGAAGUUGUUCCUAUAAAUAGCUAUGACACAGCAGGUUCAUUCCUCCUUCUUGGAUGUAACAACGGAUCAAUUUAUUACAUAGAUGUGCAGAAAUUUCCACUGAGGAUGAAGGACAAUGAUCUGUUAGUCACGGAACUUUACAGGGAUCCAUCAGAGGAUGCCAUCACUGCUCUUAGUGUCUACCUCACACCCAAGACAAGUGACAGUGGAAACUGGAUCGAGAUUGCUUAUGGUACAAGCUCAGGAAUGGUGAGAGUCAUUGUUCAGCAUCCAGAAACAGUUGGAUCAGGACCCCAGCUCUUCCAGACUUUUUCUGUACACCGCAGCCCUGUGACAAAAAUUAUGCUGUCUGAGAAGCACCUAAUCUCAGUGUGUGCAGACAAUAACCACGUACGGACCUGGACUGUGACACGUUUUAGGGGGAUGAUUUCCACACAGCCCGGCUCUACUCCGUUGACGUCAUUUAAAAUUCUCUCCCUGGAAGACACAGAUGGUCAUGCAGGGUGCAGCGCAGGCACAGACAUAGGCCCAUAUGGGGAGAGAGAUGACCAGCAAGUGUUUAUACAAAGAGUGGUCCCAGAUACUGACCGAGUAUUUGUACGCCUCUCUUCCAAUGGGAAACGAGUUUGUGAGGUGCGCUCUGUAGAUGGCACAGCAAUCACUGCCUUUGUGGUUCAUGAGUGUGAAGGGUCAAGUCGGAUUGGUUCUAGGCCACGACGCUACCUCUUCACUGGGCAUGCCAAUGGCAGCAUCCAAAUGUGGGACCUGACCACUGCCAUGGAGCUAUGCAACAAAACAGACAUUCAAGCAGUCCUUGGAGGACCAACAGAAGAGGAGGUGCUUAAGUUGCUUGACCAGUGUGACCUGACUGUGACACGAACUCCUGACAUGAGUCCGGCUGUCUCCUUUGCUCACUCUGCUACUCCACGCUCCUCUACCUGCAGCCUCCAGUCUCAGUCCAGCGACUGCUCCCGAGACAGAAGUGCCAGGAACGGAAAUAACUUUCUAGCCACUGCUCCACGAUCGACUCUGCCUCCACCGCUCAAUAAACAGCGGGAUUUGAUGUUUAUGGCUGCCAUUUCACCUGCUGCUCAUCACCCUCAGAGUGCCAGUAGCCAUACGUCACUCAACAGUGGAAGCAGUCCACGAGCCCCAAGGUUUCCGUCAGAGUUUGGUAGCUUGGACAUGAAGUUAAGAGGGAGUGGAGGUGAGAGACGAGUGGAAGGAGAUGGUAAAGUACUUAGCAGUCAAGGUGUACGACGUGGGAGCUUUGUAGAGCGGUGCCAAGAGCUUGCCAAAUCCACAGAGUACAGCCACAUGGACCCCAGAAGAAGUAUAGCAGUGUCCAGCGAUCUGGAGAGCAGAUACGGAAUAAGGGAUCAAAGUAUUUCAGCCACUCAAGGACGCAAAAAUCGGGCACCCAGUCCAGCUCUGGAGUCCAAGACACAGCCACCUGUCUCUCCACGCAAGCCGGCGACUGCAGCAGCAGCCAGCGAAACCAGCGAAUCUCCUUCGAGUCCUACCAGCCGGCCACCAUCAACCUCAGGGUCUUCAACAACAGCCAGCCCAAAGCCGAGAAUCAAUGAAACCUCCUUUUAAAACUGGUGGUGAAAUCUACAUGUAGACUUUGCAUUUUUUUUUAGUUUUUUUUUUAAAAUAAAUUAUAUAUAUAUAUUUUUUUUUAGAAACGAAAAGAAUCUGACCCUACUCAUACUUUACACAUCAGUCAUGCCUAACCUAUAAUCUCACAAUCAUGUUUGAGCUUCUUAAGGUAAGUUAGGGCAAAUUGAAAGCGCAUGUAAGGCUAACAUUAGGAGUGAUGAGGUACUACGGAAUAAAGACAUUAUAGGUCCUUCAAAGCCACAUGUGUACAUAGAUAUUAACAUUUAUAUGGUGCCUUGAUAAUCAAAUAAACUUCCAAAUACAUUCAAACGUCUCAUAGUUAGUUAAUGCACUACACUGGGAAAUUUUUGAGUGACUCAAAUAUUCUUAGAUGUAGCGGCCUAAACAUAAAUCGGCAGCUUUGAGUGAAAAGCAGGACUCAACAAUCCACACAGGGCUCACUUGAACACACACACACACAUACACACACCCACACUCAGACAAGACCAGUCAGUUCAUCAAGAACAUGGGGACACCAUUGGAAACUUGCUGAGGGUAAAUUUCACACAAACAUUAGGAAGUUUUUAUUUACACAACCACAGACACUUGUAAUAAGCGACCAAGUAGUGUGAUAGACAGUAAGACUUUAGGGACAGACCUGCAAAACUUGACUUCAUUUUAUUCUAGAAGAAUUAAGUGGACAGGGCUGGUAAGCUUUUAUUGGACUGAAUGGCCUGUUCUCGUCCGGAUUGUUCUAAUGAGUGUUUGGGAAUGUGGGAGUAAAUACACACUAGUGAAUUAUUAAAUAAAUUUUAACAUUUUUAAAGCAGUAAUUUCCCCAGGGUCAGUAUUUUAAUAGCCAGUGAUCAUUUUGGAUAGCUUUUAUAUUAAAUAGCAGUGGUACCCAGCACAGCAACGGGAGCAAUAGUGUGCAGGUGCGGUCACUAAAUGAAAGUCUUUUCCCCCAAACCAAAAUUUCACACUCUAAACCCACCGUGAGGGGCACAUUUGUAUAAGUGUGCCAGCAAAUGUCUCCUAGGGCAUAGCAGCGGUGACUAAAUAAAGUUCUCUCAGGGGAAACAUUUUGAAACAAAACCUGGUCUUUGGUCUUCCCCUGUACAAAUGUGGAAUCCAUACAAAACGUAGCAGAGAAAGUUGUGGAUUUUGCAUACCAAUACCUCAAACCCCCCACCCGACACAACUACACAAUACAGUCUUAGGUUCAAACUCAAGAUCUUCUUUUUUUGUACCUCCACUGUUCUCCAAAUUCUCUUCUGCAAUUCCAUAGUAAUAACAAUAGAUCUCUUCCCUCCUUCCACACCUCCCUGGAAGCCUCGUCCACACUCCUUCCAAUUCUUGACUGCCCUUGCAGGAAAUUCAGCUUUGUUUAGGCGACACUCGGGAGCACUUCUGGUGCCACAGCAUUGCACACUGAAAGCACAUCUGGGUCAGGCAGAAGUCUAUAAAAGACGUCGUAAUGAAUCCCCUUCAGUUCCCCCUGGCGGCACCCAAGAACCUCAACAGGGCUGUCCCAUUGGACUACAAUUCCCAGCAUGCCCUGUGGCAUAUACUGCGUCCCACCAGUUGGAUGCUGCCAACAUGUGUACAGGGGGAGAAUAUAACUUUGGGCAGCAGACAUCUGUUGUCCUUCCAUUGCGGCUUCCCUUUGUGGCCGAAAACUAACCUCCAUCCCGUCCAAGAUGUCUGUCUGUCCAACAUGGCACUCGCACAGACAAACACAUUUGGCUUUCCAUACUAGAUUUGCUCUUUAUGGUAGAGCAAUAUGGGAGCCUUCCUCUUUAAAUAAAAUUAUACACAUUGCAUCUUGUUAGAUGUGGAAUUGCAGUGGACUGUAAUUUUGGAUUUUGUCAUUGAUUUCACUGGACAACAUAUUUUUCAGACGUUUUGCUUCCUGUAAUGCUUGUGUUGAUUGUGAUAGUGAGCUUCAAGACUUUUUGACUAUAUCAUGUAGGAAUCUGGGUAAAAGUUAAAUGAACUUUUAUUGAACUUAGUGUGUUUAAUCGCUUCAUGAUGCUCACAUUUAUUGCAUCGAUUCAACUGCUAUGUUGCUCCUGAUUUCUUCAGUGCUCAGCAUCUGAUGCAUUGUGGUUGGUAUUCUUUACUCAUUUUUUUUUACGCUUCUUGGAGGCUUUUCGAGGGUCUCUGAGGUCAAGGAAUCUUAUUCAUUUAAUUUUGUCCCAUCUUGGUUCUUGACUAAGUUGUAGUUUUUAUAGCGUCUUAUUGUGACACCAUUUUGAACAUUGACAGGCGGUGCCGUUUUGUGACUUUCACGUCAACCUUUGCCAUAGCAACCUCCCAGAAGUCUCCAGGAAGGUUCCUCUGGUGACAUUAUCAGCGCAACUCUUUGAAAAGGUAAUUUAUGCGCUGUUAAAGUAUUUGUGUUUUGGAUAAAACUAAAAUACUUAAGGAGUGCUUCUCUGUGUUUUGGUUCUUGUUUUCCCAACUUCAUUUCCGGUUUUUGAUUUGAUUUCACGUUUCUGCCUUUUUGAAAUAUUGGUUUGGUAUUGACCCCUGUGCCUGCUUCAUUUUGUUUUUCUGGUCCCUGAAAUAAAACUCAUUCUGCUUUGGUAGAAAGUAAUACAAUAGUCAGCCAGCAGUGAUGGAUUCCACUGACCGCUUUUCCCUUGUUUCAGUAUCCUGGUGACACGUGUUCGUCACUGGCUGCCCCAAGAUUAGGAGAAGAGGUCCCAAGUGUGAAUGCAGAAAGUGAAUCUUUAGUGACAUGUUGCAGUUCAUGCUUUUGUAUGCUUGAAGCAGCCAGACAUGGUUUGCUGCUUGUAGAGGCCAAGGAAAUUCUACCUUCUGUGCAGUUUUCUCUGCCCGCAUCAGCAGAUCUUCAAACCACUUGUUUGAUUUAUGGACCAACAGAAAUGCCUCCCGUAAUCUUGGUCUCAGUUCUUCAUGGAAACCACUGUCACAAAUAUCAAAAUCCUUCACCUUCCUUGUUUUAUAUGAAAAGGAGGCAAAAGUAUCUUUGUUUGAGUCGACAAGUGGUUUACGCUCCACACUGUUCUGCUCUCAUGUUAAUAUAAUGAGACUGUUUAGCAUGGUGGUCCCAUUCACAGUACUCGGUGUGUCUGAGCUGCAUUCCUAGUAGUACUGCUGCUACUUUCAGACCACCAUGGAUGUUCCCAUUGUAGCUGUUGUACUCUAUACUUCUAAUACGAGAGGAACUCACAAAAAUAGGCCAUCACCAUAAAACGAUGCAUGAUAAGAACAUUUGAAGGCGAUUUUUGUGAUCAGCAGACCAAAAUCCAUAAGAUACACCCGCAUGUGUUCCAAAAGCAAAAUGCUUGUCCAGUGAAAUUAAAAAUUAAGUCAUAAACAGUUACCACUGAUAUGUUAUUUCUGUUGCAUAUGGUGCCUCUGAAAAUGAGUAUUUUUAAUGUACUGCUUGACGGGCCAAAAUCCAUACACAUGUCCAGGAAGGAAAAUCUUUAUUGUCCAGUGUUUUUCAUGGAGUUGCAAUCAAUGUAGUGGGAAGUCCUCUAAGUGACACCCAUUUUCUUCUUCUUUAGCAACUACAUUGUAAUUUUUGGCAGUGCCCUUAAGACCCUUGUCAUUUUGAAAUGACAACAUCUCCCCCAGCUUCAGGUUUUUAUCCCUCAUUUCUCAGUUUUGUGCCCCAUUUAUCGUUUGUUCAGUAUCUUUUUUUUUUUUGGCAUUGAUCAUGUGACCUUACUGCUUUAUGGCAAUAUUUUUUUUUCGUUCUUCAUUUCACCGUAUACAAUUUCUUGUAUUAAGAAUUUGUUAGUUUUCGUAUAACCCCUUGGGGUCAGAGUGCAGGGUCAGCCAUUGUACAGUACCACUGGAGCAAAUGCAGGUUAAGGGCCUUCCUCAAGGGCCCAGCAGAGCAGGAUCUCCUCUGACAGUAACAGAGGUUCAAACCGGCAACCUUUCAGAUACCAGUGCAGAUCCUUAGCCUCCCGAGCCAACGCUUGCUUGGCAUCUCGGCUAAAAUCUUCCACUUUUGCAAUUAAAAUGACCUCACUGGCUUAAACCGCACAUUCACAGUUCAGUGCUAGAAAAUGAUCGACAUUGACAUCUCAAUUUAAUAACAUGCCGUGAAAGAAAUUUUUUGUGUGAUGAAGGAUAUCUGUAUGGAUGGCAACAUGUCACGUACAAUGUCUACCUCAUGUUUGAGAUGUUGGGUAAAGCACUUUAAAGAUGGGGAUGUCAUUCUGUUGUGCUCUCUUGUGGGCUAGUACUAUCAGCAAAAAAUGAAAAAGCAACGGACUCCUCCGAGUGAACUGAGGAAACGGAGUUGGUCAAUUUCGUCAUCUACACAUCACUGAGGAAUCGGGGCUUAAUUAGCCGUUUUCUCAAGGUGAAGUGUGAAUUUGUGACUGGUGUCAGUUUUCAGUCAGAGGACAGAUGUAGCUGAUAGUUGUGAUGGCAGGCGCUUUCAGUGUUCAUCAAGAACACAGUUGGAAACUUGUUAGGGGUAAACUUCUCACAUACAUUAGAACGUUUUUCUUGACACAGAGAACCACAGAUACAUCGAAUAAGUGACCAAGUAGUGGAAGACAGUAGGACAUUAGGGACUUUCAAAACUCGACCUGAUGUUAUUUUAGAAGAAUUAAGUGGAUAGGACUUGGUGAGCUUUGUUGUGCUGAAUGGCCUGUUCUCAUUCAGAUUGUUCUUAAGUUCUCAGUCAUGUCUUAUUAAAGAGCAGAUUUACUAUAGUUGUCCACAUAAGAGAACAUAAGAACAAUCUGGGCAAGAACAGGCCAUUCAGCCCGACAAAGCUCGCCAGUCCUAUUCAUAAAUAAAUUUUGGAUAUCUAAGAACAAGCGAGAAUAGCUGGUUGUGUGCCUGCCAUGAUAUACCACACGCUUUCUUACUGCCACUCUGAUAAGCAUGAAGUGCACUGCGUCCCUCUGGAGUCUUUACUCUAAUGCUAGAUUACGAACAUCAUAACAUACGCUCGAGUGUCCCACUUCAUGUGGUCCACCUCUCUAAUAAUCGGAUAGGACCCCCGACCAAACAACAACCAGCAUUCUUGAGGGCAUGGAUUCAAUUAAAAGCACUCCUUAGCGUUUUCGGUCAGUCAUUGCCCUCAGUGGUGUCUUGUCCAUGGUAGCUUUCUUGGAUUGGAAUGUUCUGAAUGUGACUUAUGGUUUGCCAUAGGCAUAAAUGUCCUACGUUAACUAAACAUUCGCAUCCCUAGUUGUUUGCCCGCUGUAAAGACACGUCAUUAUUCCAUCAGGGAUGUAACAUGGUGGGUUCUUAUGACCUUUGAAACAUCCAUUUGCUUCACUUUUUGGAUUUUGGGUUCAUCUUUCAAGCGUGUAUGAAAGUCGCCUGAGGACUGGAAACGUUUGAGUGCUUACUUGGCAGGUGUGUGCACAUGGCGGCCGUGGGGACGUUGUUACCUUCUCAAGUGCCUUUUGAGCCAGUGGAGAUGGAACUGUGUAUUUAUUUAUUUUAUUUUUUUCUUUUUCUUGACGGUAUCAUUGAGACAAGUAACACUUUUGUAACUUUUUGCUUCAUUUGUAAAGUUUUUCUUGGAAAUAAAGUUGAAAAUGGCUGGCACCAUUGCUGUUUGCUGGAGGCA